AUGGCCGUAAGUCAUGCUCCACAGCCUUGCUUCUCUGCUGACAUUCAUCAGACAAGAGACCCCCUUUCAGGUCAUCUAGACCAUCUAGAUGAAUCACAAACAGCCGCUUUGGCCCAGUUCAGAUCCGAACUCGUCGCUGAGUCCCUCAUUCCUGCCGAUACCGCCGCCUACGCCGAGAAAAUCGGUUAUGAUCGAUAUGACGACCAAGCACUGCUGCGGUUCCUCCGAGCGAGAAAGUUUGAUCUUCCAAAAGCUAAGAUUAUGUGGGCUGCGAAUGAGAAGUGGAGAGCUGAUUUUGGUGCGGAUGAAAUAGCUGAGAACGGUUUCGACUACCCUGAGCAAUCCGAAGUGGACAAAUAUUAUCCCCAAUACUACCACAAAAUCGAUCGCGAAGGUCGACCGAUCUACAUUGAACAACUUGGAAAGCUCGACAUUCCCAAACUAUACGCAUUAACGACACAAGAACGUCAACUCAAGCAUCUCGUAUCGGAAUAUGAAAAGUUUUUCAAGUAUCGUUUACCUGCUUGUACCAAGGAGACGGGGAAGUUGGUAGAGACUAGUUGCACAAUCUUAGAUUUGUACAAUGCGGGGAUAUCAAGCUUUUACAGAGUGAAAGACUACGUUUCGGCGGCAUCGACAAUCGGUCAAAAUUACUACCCAGAGACUAUGGGACAUAUGUUCAUUGUCAACGUGGGUGGCAUCUGCAUCAACUCCACCACUCCUCUCUCAUGUUACCGAUCACCCCAUCCAGAUCCUGAGCUCAGGCGCGUCCCGGUCACAUAA